GAUUAUUUUCAAAACAAAGGAGUCGUCGGCAUCAGCUUUUUUUUUAUCACGUAAUUGUAUUUUCUCUUUGUGCUAAUUAAUUCCAAAGAAACUGCGCAAAACAAAAAUGUCAACGGACGAGGCAACAACAGCAGCUGCAGCGAGUGUGGGCGAUGAAGAUUAUGUGGAUAUGAAGUUUACUCGAGAAUUGCGAAAAGCCACCAAAGACGUCCACAACUUAACUGAUGUUUUAAUCAAUGCAAAGUUCGCCAUUGCUCUUUCAGAUGACGAAGUGUGGUAUGAUGGUCUCUUGGCUUUUUAUGAAAUGUACAAAUUCUUCGAGACUCAUUUACCGGAGCGCCUCCUACCCAAGGAAUUGUACAGGACAGAGGCAUUUGAGCGCGAUUUUGCUUAUUUCUAUGGCGCCAAAUGGAAGGACUCUUAUGAGCCACGGCCUGCCGUUGUAAAAUAUUUGGCACAUUUAGAGGAGGUGGCUGCCAAAAAUGAGUUGCUUCUUUUUGCCUAUGCGUACCAAAUGUAUAUGGCUUUGAUGUCAGGCGGACAAAUGUUGCAGAAGAAACGAAUGAUUGCGCGUAGAUUAUGGAUUUUUCCCAAAGGCAAGGAGGAAGAGCAAAAACAGGCCGAAGAAGAUGCAGCCAAGGCCACAGCAAAGGCAGCCGCUGCCGCAGCAUCUGGUGAUGGUGUAAUAGACGAGGAUGAUCUACAAGCUCGACCAAUGCCAGCACAGGUGACCAUUUGCCCACCUGGCUGUGAGGCCACAUUCUUUCCGGAAAAAAUCAAUGUAUUGAAGUCGAAAUUGAGACGUGUUUUCAAUAGUCAAUAUGGAGCUUUCGAUGAUGACUUGCGCGCUGCCUUCAUUGAGGAAAGUCGCAAUGUUUUCCGCUUAAAUCUGGAGGUUGUACGUACAGUCAAGGGCGUGAAUCGGGCCAAUUUAAGAAAAUUGGCAAUGGCUGCUAUAUUAAUCUCGAGUAUUUACUUGGCCAUUAAGCUGGUCAUCAAGUAAACUUUGUUCUGCAUGACUUUGGUCGUAAUUAAGCAUAAAUUUUAUAGUUUUAGUGUUGAAAAACAAACAGAAAUUCUGAACAAAAGAUGAAAAUGUUAUGACGCUUUGGCGUUAAUUAACCAAAACAAUAAUGAUUUAAAAUCUAAUCGAUCUAGCAUGAAGUUUCCAAAGAUUUAGCGAUAGUUUUUGCCAAAAACCUGUAAACAUUUGAAAUUUUAGCAUAAAUAUAAUGGAGUUUCAUAUUGUAAA